GCCGCACGGAAACCCCGUGUUAUGGUUGUGUGUCAGUUUCGCUGGCUGCCGCGGUCGAUGCCGGUGAGGAGGGGGUUGGGCGCCACUGCAAAUGUUGAGGACCUGAGCUAGAAUCACAGCCUUGUAACACACAGAGCUGUACCUACCCCAAAUAAAUAUCGACUGUAAUUAUUGUAAAACAACAUUAUAAAUGGAUGCAACCAGCGGGGAUUCAAAAUAACACUUGAAGGAAGUGCUAUGACCCAAAAAGAAAAGGGUAUGAAACUUUCACCCACUGCGUGAGGGACAUUGAGAAGUUUGGAAGGUACCCGGGGAGAGGGAGCUGCCUCUCGGCUUACAGCUCGCAGGAAAAGCCGAGGUCACAAGAAGAGGCCUCGUAGUCUGAUUCGUUUUGAUGUGGGAAUAUUUAAAUACAGCCAGUUACCUCAAUAGGAUAUUUUACCUGAACUGAGCUGGAAUGAAGGGCUGGGUCUCCUGAUGUGUGUCAGGUGCUGUGAGUGGCAUUGCGGCACCCCACCACAGGAGUGGACUGUCUCUGCCAUCCGGAUUUCGUGAUUCCCUCUUCCCUCCCCCCUCCUCUCCUUUCCCCCUGUCCCUCCAUCCCUAUUCCCCCUCCCUUCCCCCUUUCCCCCCUCCCUUGCGGCGCUGUGCUUGACGUCAUGAGCAUAGCAAUCGCACUGGGAGUCACCACACCUGAGACACCUUACACAGACAUGGCCGCCGGAUCAGAUCCUGAGUCAGUGGAAGCGAGCCCUGCAGUGAAUGAGAAGACGUACUCAAACCACAGCUGUGGGAGCGCACAGAAUCACGGAUACCGGGGCCUUCCCUAUGCUAUGCAACAGUCUUCCAUUGUGUGUUGUCAGGAUCAUAACUAUGGAGCGCCACCCCCUCCUACCCCUCCUGCCUCCCCACUCUCCCAGACCAUCAUUCCCCGCCUGGAGCUCAAUGGCGCCCUCGGCCGUCCCCGAUCCCGUUUCCAUACCAAUGACCCUGACAACUCGGCCGACAGCGACAGCUCGUCAGAGGAGGAGGGCGCCGUGCCAUCAGGCUGGUGCCAGUGCCGCCUGACUUCAGACCGCUACCUCAUAAAAUGCGAGAGCUGCAGGGGUCUGGACAGGAGGAAAGGACUGGAUGGGCAGCGUCGGAAACCAGACAACGUGUCGGUAGGAGAGAGCAGUGCUACAGAAAGUGGAGAUGAAGAGGUCUCAGCUGCCACAGUGUCAUACACAGCCACUCAGCAUACACCCACCAGCAUCACCCUCACCGUUAACAGAGUCAAGCGCAGCAAAGCCAAGAAGAGGAAGAAGAGCACGGAGAAAACACGAGCCGCCCCUAAAGCUAAGAAAGUCAAGGCCUUUAGAGAAGGUUCCAGAAAAUCCUUAAGGAUGAAGAACUCCAUCAGUGAAGCAAGUGUGUUGGAUGAGAACACGACUGAAGGCUGGGAGACACGUAUCCGCCAGUGGACAGAUCAGUAUGAGGAGGCUCAGGCCAACCAGUACAGCGCUGAUGUUCAAACACUUCUCCAGCUCCAUCACUCUGCCACCAAGAGCUCUCCGAACCCUGCAGCCCUUGCUAUGGACACCAUCAACCGCACAGAGCUGGCCUGCAACAACACUGUGUUGAGCUCUCAGAUGCAGUUACAGCUGGGCCGUGUAACACGAGUGCAGAAACACAGGAAAAUUCUGCGAGCAGCACGGGACUUGGAGCCUGACACACUCAUCAUAGAGUACAGAGGCAAAGUCAUGCUUAAACAACAGUUUGAGGUCAAUGGCCACUUCUUCAAAAAGCCCUACCCAUUUGUCCUGUUCUACUCUAAAUUUAAUGAGGUGGAAAUGUGUGUAGACGCACGGACCUUUGGCAACGACGCUCGCUUCAUCAGGAGGUCUUGUACCCCCAAUGCUGAGGUGCGGCAUAUGAUCGCAGAGGGGAUGAUUCACCUGUGUAUUUAUGCUGUUACUCAAAUCUCCAAAGAUACCGAGGUCACAAUUGGCUUUGAUUAUGAAUUUAACAGCUGUAACUACAAGGUGGACUGCGCGUGUCAUAAAGGCAAUCAGAACUGUCCCGUGCAGAAGCAUAACCAGAACCCAUCUGAGGCGCUUCUGCCCCCACCGCAGAACCCGCUACCUGCUCUGCCUGGGGCAGAGACUCGCAGAAGGCGAGCACGGCGAAAAGAGUUAGAGGGAAGUGGGAUGAUUGGGAGUGUGUCUGACGAUAGCAAUCAGCUCUUGGAUGAACAUGGGGAGCACGGAACCAGUGAAGCAGAGGAGGGUCUGAUGGAUGGUGUAAAGCAGGAGGAGGGCCAAGAGGAGGUAGAUGAAACGGGAGCACCUAUACCUAAUAGACGGUCUCGUGAGGACCGGAAAGCUGAGGCCAUCAUGCAUGUGUUUGAGAAUAUGGAAAGGAGGAGGAAGCGUGUUUCUCAGGGUACAGAACGUGCUGGACUUGAUGACCUCAGACAGGAAGGGGUGGGGCCUGAGGAAGGUGGGGCCUCCUCUCCCACAGGGGCUAACCCAGGUCAAAAUGCAGGGUUGAUCGGAGGAGUUAGCACACGCCGCACAUCUUUUGCAACAGAGCCAGUGGCAUCAGUUGAGUCAGAAAAACCUUCCUCUGUGAACCUCGUUGCUCCCAAACCUCCCCCAGCACGCCCCAAACCGCGGCCCAAGAGUCGCAUCUCCCGCAAUCGGGCAAGCUCUGCCCAGAGGGCACGUCGCCAGAGGCAGGCUCUUCUAGCACAGCAGGCAGCCGAGGCAGGUGUGGCAGGUGGGGAAGAGGGAGGAAAUGUGGCUGGCACAGGGGAGAUGGGGCUCGGGGACGGAGCUCUGGGAAUUGGACAACCUCAGGAUGGAGAUAGCUAUGGAGUCUCAUCUACAGCACUAGGCAGCAAGACAAGCGUGAGAUGUCCCAAAACAAAAAAGUACCUGGUGACGGAGUGGUUGAAUGACAAGGCCACAGACCGCAUAGAGGAGCCAAUAGAGCGGCCCCUGCGGAUCACCACAGACCCCACUGUGCUGGCUACUACACUCAACAUGCUUCCGGGACUCUCACACUCACCCCUCAUCUGUACCACCCCAAAACACUACAUCCGCUUUGGCUCUCCGUUCAACCCAGAGAGACGUCGCCGGCCCCUUGUCGUCGAUCCGACUUACGGCUCCUGCAAGAAAAGGUGGAUAAAGCAGGCGCAGGAUGAGAGCAUGUCUUCUCUUUCCAUGGAGGAUGGAACUGAGUCCAGCUCCUCACACCAAAGUAACAGCAGCAGCACGGCCUCCAGAUCUGAGUUAAUGGCGCCCUUCAAAAAGAGGAAGUCGAAGUAUGCGCCAGAAGCAGUUGCAACACCUUCUGAACUUUUGCUUCGACCUUUGUCCCCCAUCACACCUCCACUGCCAUCUGAGCCCUCUGUGAGCUUGCUACACCCCCUCCUCUCUUCCUGCUCGCUGUAUUUAGGAGCCGAGGACGAGCGGCAGAACGGUGCUGUGCCACCAUACUCCCCACUCCCAUCUCUUCCUGCUAGCCGGUGCAACACACCUCUGCAGUUUGAGAACAUCUCAUCUCCUGAGGCAUCUCCUGUACACAGGCCAGAGUCUCUUUCUCCAGAGCCUUGUUUGCGACCAGACUUUGAUACACCGCGGAUCACCCCCUUCCCUGAACUUUCUGUGACAUCUGGUCUUGGCAGUCCAGCUCCUCCAUCUGACGACUUUCCCCUGACUGCACCAGAGUCUCUGACUGGCUCUGGAGAUGGUGUGUGUCUCACACCAGCCCCUGUAUCUAACGCCAGUGACGCUUCAUUGGGCUCGCGCUCAAACGAGGCACAGGUUCGAGAGCAGGUCUUUAGGACAGAGUUCAACCUCAUCUACACCUGCUCUCCCCUCAAUGCCAACCUGACCACUGGUCCUGUGACUGACAGAAGGCAUUCCCAAUCAGAAGGCAGCUUCUCUCCUGCUGAAUCCUACUUCAGCUCUGUGAGUGGCCAAGGCUUAAUGACUGAGCCGGGGUCUGGUUCUUUUUCGCCCUACCCUGAGCCUCAGUUUGGGAGUGGCACGCCUCCUCAUACCAGCAACCCACCACAGAAGAAGAAGAGGGCCAUGGGAAGUGGCGUUAGUCAGCUGCCAGGCUUGCCUAAUUACCAGGCACUAACUGUAAGGCGUGAAUUCAAGCCAGGGCAGAAUAUGGUAUCUUUGCUGGAAUAUCGGAAAAGAAAGCAGGGAACUCGGGACCCAGAGCCAGUAGGCUCUGCAGGUGGCACCAUUGGGACCCCUGGGGCCCCUGUGUGCACUGGCUCUCUGUACCAAACUGCUGAAUCCCCUGGUGGGCCACGCUCACUGCUGCAGCCACCUGCCUCCCCACACAGCUCCUUCUCCUCUCCAGCCCAUCAGCCAUUCCCACAGAUAGAGGAGGUCAGUCCGCCUGAUCUCAGCACCUCCUUGGGGAAUCACUCCCAGACAUCCAGCCACUGGAUGGUGCCUACAUCAGUGGAGAGGUUAAGGGAAGGGCAGGGAGUUUUAGAGCGUGUUCUGAGGGGCAAUAUGAAGAUGGAUCGGAUCCUUAAAAGGUCGGAUGGUGGAGCUAGCGAACAUGACAGUAACCAAGACAAAGAUCUAGAUGGACUGGAAGAGGAUAGAUAUGCUCCCAAGAGCUCAUCUUUGUCUUCCCCCAUAAGGAGUCCUCAGCAGUACAGCCCAACUGUUCACCCACACCAGGUUCAGCCUCAUUUGGCAGAACCCGAUCUACACACGGAAAGCUCCACCUACCACCAGCAGAGUAGCUCCUCUCCUUUUCAUCCCCCCUUCAGCUCCUCUCCUUCACCCUCCUCAUCAUCAGUGGUUCAGGGCUACCAUCCUUCUCGACUGGGGACACCUGCCCCUCUAGCCCAGGAUGUACUCUCCUCCUCAGCCCCUACUUCAGUAGACUCCAGGCAAACGGGGAGCAUGCUACACCAUCAUAGUGGAGCAGGAGGGAUGGACCUGUCGCACCUCUACUCAGGCAGCCAUCUUAAAGCCAGCCUGUUAAAGAGCAGCACUCUUUCAGGGUCUAUGAGUGUGUCCCCCAGAGGCCAGGGCCACUCGGACAGCUGCACUGCCAUUAGCAGCCAGGCCUCCCAUGCGUCCAGACUAGCCCAGUCACCCACAGUGCGAAACCUAAAAGCAGGCAGCCCCAGUCCCUCAGUGCUGCAGGCCAGCUCCAGGCUUCUCUCAGCCAGCGGAACACAGCACUACCCACAGCGGCAUUUACAGCAGCCCCCUAUGCAGGGUUCAGGUGUACGGACACAUUCUGGGACCUACUAGAACUCUUUGUGUGUUUGUGUUUGAGAGCAUGUAUGAGUGUGAGAAUGAGUGUGUGUGUGUGUGUGUGUGUGUGUGUGUGUGUGUGUGUGUGUGUGUGUGUGUGUGUGUGUGCGCUUGUUUGUCACCCUCCUCAGAUAAACCUGUGGAUAAGUUCUGGGUUAGGGGAGGGUACUUGAUGUACAGACAUCAAAGGAGUAUGGACUCAGCCUCUUGUAAUGAUCGCCUCUUACUUUCUUUAUCUUUAUUGUUUUCCUAUUUUUUUCCCCUUCUUUCACCAAAAAAUCCUGCAUUUCUGCAUUCUAUAAGUAGUCUGGCGUGGAUUUCAUUAUAAUCUUGCAGUCUGUGAAAAUAAAACUGUAACCAGGUUGGCAAGGAAAAAAAGCAAGUAAUUUUAAAUUUACCCACAUGCUUUGAAAAUAGGUUCACACUUAAUUUAUGUAGGUGAAGAAUUUAAUCAGGCACCUAUGCUGAAAUAUGUCCGUGCUGAUACUCUGCAACCGGGUUGGAAUUGUUGUAUCAGUUAGAGCUUUGGUGCUUUUCAGUUCGCUCACUCAUUAAAUUCAGGUCAGUCUGCUAGAUCAUUUACUGACCGUUGAAUUUUCUUCACGCAAAUUGUUAGAUUCAUUCACAUGGCAAUGUAGAUAAAAAUUCACUUAGUCUCUCUUCCUCUUAAUCAUUCCAUUCAGUCUGUCAACUGUCACUAGGUUUCUAGGAUCAUCAUUUGGCAUCCAUUUUUUUGUAUAGACUCAUUCUGUAAUACUUGACAAACACAGAUCUUAUGGUGCUGCAGUUAGCUCAGACUUUGUUUGAACUGAAGUUAGGGUUGUCUGAAACCCAGUAUCAUCAUGUCCAUUAACAGUCUGUUCUGAUGUAUAGCUGUCAUAUGGGACUGGUUUUAUUUUCUUUCUUUUUUUUUUCUUUUUUAAACUUGGUCUAGUAAAUGUUGCUUUGGUGACUAGAAAUGCACAGGACUAUUUUGAAAAGUAAGCUGCAGAAAUAUUGUUUUUACUCCGUUAUAGGAUUUAUUCCCAUCACCGUUGUUGAAUCCUGCAGGAUUUUUUUAUUUUCAUAUUAUUGAGAAUUUAUUUUUCUCUCCCUUUGACCAAUCCUUGCAUUCCAUACACCACUCAAGAAAGGAGAAGGGGAGGUGUGGCUGGAUGGUUUGAUUAGGACAAAUAUUAAAAAAAAUAAAAAAGUGGAAAAGAUAGCUGCUGGGGGUCACAUACUAAGUAUUUUUCAUGCAAAGUGCUGCUUUCAGACGUGUCUGGGUUUCUUUUUUUAUUUUUAUUUUUUUUUUACGGAAUGCUGUACUUUUGUCAGUCUGAUAUUCGUCACAAACGGUGAGGUCAACUAGUUGUGCCAUGAUGACAGAGUGGAACUGAAUAUCAAAUCAAAUGCAAUGGAUACCACUGGUUUGUAUCUUGGGAACUGUAGUUUUUGCCUUGGUUGUCUGUUGGGUGGACUCAAGAUGGACUUACUCUACAGUGACCCAGAAAUCAACUGAAACAAGUUUUUUUUUGUUUUUUUUUUGUUUUUGUUUGUUUCCCUCCCUCAGUCAAAGGACCUUGCAGGCGAUGGGGAAAUGAACAGGUUCAUUUGAUCAGCCUUUGAGAUACAUUUUGACCUUUGGCAUUUUCUGCCAGAGAUCCUCUUCCCCAUUUAGGAAAAGACUCAAGGGUACUCACUGAUUAACAUGAAUGUUUGUCUUUUCACAGAAGACUUCAAAAGAAAAAGAUUUUAUGACCAGAAAUUUACCAGCACCUUAAUUACAAAGGAAAAAAAAAAAUUUUAACAAGAAAGAAAACAUUUAUGUAUGAUCAUGUGUACUUGCAUAAAAUGUGUUAUAUACUGUUCCAAGAAAAUAUAGUACACUAAAUUUGCUGCAUGAUAUUUUUUUCUUUUGGGUUAACAGCUGAAAGUGUGGAUGUUCCAUCAAAAACUCGACAUGUUUCAAAAGUUUUAUUUUUUACACAAAUCAAAAAGUUUGGACCCCUCCCACUCCUUUAAAAGACAAUAAGCAGAAGAUAUGUAAUGUCUUUUGAUAAUAAAAUAGUCAUGACAAUGUAUUUUGGAAAUGGCUGUAGUAUUAAAAUGACAUAAAAUGA